AUGUCUACUCCAUCUGCAGUUGCUCAUCGUUUGCAUGUUCAAUCACUCUAUAAGCGCUCAUUGAAGCUUUCGCUCGAUUGGUAUAUUCAACGUGAUUUAUGGAGACAAAAAGCUCUUCAAAUCAGAGCUCAAUUUGAGCAAAAUAAGCAUGUAACCAGCCCCAAGGAAAUUCAAGCUCUUGUCCAGAAAGCAGAGAAAGAACUUCAAGAUUGGGCUCAUCCUGAUCCCUACAAAUUGCCUAUGGGUCCCGAGGGUACCAAGUGGGAGCGUAAUCUUCCUCCUGUUGUCAAUGAUGCUGCUGCCCACCACCAUUAA